AUGGCGUACACCUGGGAUAACAGGGUAGCGUUUGUUGUUCGUUAUCUGUACGUUGUCAAUAUUUUCAUUACAGAUAUCGACAAUAACGGUUAUUUGGAUGCACACGAUUUUCAUUGCCUCGCACUUAGAACAUGCGUGCUGGAAGGCAAAGGGGAUUGUAGUGCAUCUAGACUGCAGAAGUACCAGCACAUCAUGAUGAGUCUGUGGGAGGAGAUAGCUCAGUUGGCGGACUUCGACAAGGUGCCAGACUAUGACGGUAUUGUGACUGUUGAUGAAUUCAAAGUAGCUGUUCAGAACAGUUGUAUCGGUCGGAAGUAUGAAGAGUUUCCUCAGGCGAUGAGGGCGUUCAUUGAGACGAACUUCAGAAUGAUAGACAUCAACUCUGACGGUAUAAUAGGCAUUGAAGAGUACAGAUACGACUGUGUGCAGCGGAUGGUGGUAGAUGACAUCAGGGUUAUAGAUGAAGCGUUCAACUCACUGUUAAAUGACGAUGACAGAAGGAAAGGAGGUCUUGCCCUUUACAGGUAUCAGGAACUAUUCGCUCAAUUCCUCAGCGAUCAAAGCGAAGACUGUCAGGCCAACCUGUUAUUCGGACCCUUAGAAUUAUAA